AAUGUCAGACGACCCUAGAUUAAAAAUUGUAGAAGGAAUAGAUGGAGAUUAUGUGAUAAUAGGUUUUCCACAUCAUAUAGGAGCCAAAAGAGACAAUGUUAGAAUUGGAUAAGAUCAUGGACCUGAUUCUUUAAGACGAUUUUUGCCUAGGAUUGGUCCAUUAAGAAAUGCAGAAUAUAUGAAAGAUAUUAGUAAUUUUAUAAUUUCUGAUUAUGGAAAUAUUCAUGUUGAUGAUGAUUAAAAUCUAGAAAAACUUUUAGAGAAAUUAAAUAAUAAGGUGAAAAUAGUACAAAAUAAGAAUCACAUUCCAAUAGUAAUAGGUGGAUCUAAAGAUUGUGUUUUUGGUGUUGUUAAUGAUGAUUUACAUGUCAUAUCAAUAAAUCAUAUUCCAGAUAUUUAAUUACCAUAUGAUGGCAAUAAACCUAGUAUUAAUUCAGGUUUAAGAGCAUCAACAAGUAAAAUUUCAAUUACCUAUUUUGGAUAUGAUAAUAGCAAAUUAAAUUAAGAAUAAGAAAAUUAUAUAAAUGAAAAAUGCAAUGGAAUUAGUUUAUAGAAGAUUAGGUAAAUAUAGAAGGCAUUUCAUUAAGAUAUUGAAUAAUAAGUUACUUAGGCUGGAAUUUUGUUUAAAUAAAUAAUUACAAAUAUUUAAGGGAAAAGAAUUCAUAUUUCUAUUUCUCUAGAAGCCAUUGAUGUAUAUUUUAAUAAGUAUUAUAGUCGGCUUUUUGUCCUGGAGUAAGUAGGCCUUGUGUGUAAGGUUUAAGUGUAGAAGAAAUAUUUGAAAUAGUAUAUUUGGCAGGUAAAUAUUGUGUAAGUUUGGAUAUUACUGAUUAUAAUCCAACAAUUGAAGAUUAUAGAACAGGAUUUUUAUUAGGAAAUCUAAUAUAUUAUUUUAUUUUAUCAAAAGGAAAGGAUAUUAAAUGA